GCCCGAGUUCCCAUUGGGAGGGAGAUGAGAUGAGGAUGAGGUGAGGUGAGAAGAAAAAUGGAUAUACGGUCGACAAGGACCGGCAGCAUCUGCCUCUGCAGAAUCCCAUUCCUUGUGGCCACACUAAAACCCACCACAGCCGUCCGCUGCUCCUCCUCCUCCCAUCCUCAAAUCCAAGCCGUCUCUGCUUCAACACGCAAGAGGACCCUCAUCCUCUCUGUCCUCUCCUCCCUCUGCUUCCCCUCUCCGAUUCAACUCCCCUUUUCUUCUACUGCAGCUGCUGUAGAGAAUCAGCUGGAGAGAUACACCGACCCUAACGAAGGUUUCACCCUCCUCCUCCCUCCUUCAUGGAUCAAGGUAGAGAAAGCAGGGGCAACGGCCCUAUUCGAGGAUGGGAGAGGUAACAAUGUGGGAGUUGUGGUCACCCCCGUCCGUCUCUCUUCCCUCCCCGACUUUGGGUCCCCUCAGUUCGUCGCAGAUAAACUCAUCCAAGCUGAAAAGCGCAAGGAAAGUACAAAGGAUGCAGAGGUGAUAGGAGUUGCAGAAAGAUUGGGUAAUGGAGACCUACCAGUAUAUGAGUUUGAGUACAAGGUUGAUAGUACCAGAGGAGGGAUGAAGAGGAUUUUUUCAGCUGCAUUCAUCUCUUCUAAGAAGCUUUAUCUCCUGAACAUUGCCUAUGCCGACCGGAUGGAGAAUCCUCUAGAUAUGCAAACCAGAUUGAUGUUGGAACAAGUCCUACAUUCAUUCGAUGUAGCAUCAUCAUCUUCAUCUUCAUCCUCCAUGUAACUGGAAAAUGUACUUCUCAUUCUUUUGAGACAUACAGCAGCAGUCAGUCCGGCACACGUUUCAGUGUUCA